GUGUGUCUUCCUGAAUGUGUACACAUUUCUAUGCCCUACAAAACAUACUGACAGCGCUGACGCUUCGACAGUUGAUUUCUAAGACCUGGUGUUAUUUCUUGUUUGUUGGAUCACAGUGGACUUUUUAUUCAGCAAUAUGUAGGUUUCGCACCAGAUAGCGAGUAGCUAGCCACGAAACCGGUCUAGGCCUACAAUAGCUAGUUGUCACUAGUCAGGAUAGCUAGCUUAGCGGUCAGCGGGCAUCACAACAAACCAAGCAGCCUCCUUACUGACGAAACUGUCCGGCUCUAUUGCGUGUAACUUCAAUAACCUUCAGUUACUGCGAAGUUUGAAGAAUGGCAUCGAUGGCUGCGGCAACCGAGCCGAGCUUAAGUCCUGUCCCUAUGCUUACUGACACUCUUGUGCCUGCUAGCAUGUUUGCCCCAGAACGGGGAUGCGGGGACGACGCAGGGGUUGACAGCUUCGAGGACGGCGAGAUUUUUAACGGCGAGGGCGGGGAUCUCGGAAUAGAUUUCUCCAGUAAGCUGGCGCUGGUCAGUCCAAAUGGUGAGCAGUAUGACGCGCUACUGAGACAGCUGAGAGAGCGGAUGGACGAGGGCUGUGGAGAGACCAUCUAUGUGGUGGGAGUGGGCUCAGAUGGCGGAGAGUACGGUCUGAACGAGAGUGACAUGGAGGCGUCGGUUGCCACGGUGCAGUCCAUGUGUGAGCAGAUCGAGGCCGACCUCAUUCUGCUGAGGGAGAGGGCCGAGACGGGAGGACAGGUGCACGACUACCUCAUCCGCCGCCGCGUCGGGGAGGCCGAUUUCCUGGAAGUCAGAGUGGCAGUAGUGGGGAAUGUAGAUGCAGGGAAGAGCACCCUCCUGGGUGUCCUCACCCAUGGCGAGCUGGAUAACGGCCGAGGCUUUGCUCGGCAGAAGCUCUUCCGCCACAAGCACGAGAUGGAGAGCGGCCGCACCAGCAGCGUGGGCAACGACAUCCUGGGCUUCGACCAGGAGGGCCAAGUGGUCAACAAGCCAGACAGCCACGGAGGCAGCCUUGAUUGGACCAAGAUCUGCGAGAAGUCCUCCAAGGUCAUCACUUUCAUUGACCUGGCUGGCCAUGAGAAGUACCUUAAGACCACUGUGUUUGGCAUGACCGGACACCUACCAGACUUCUGCAUGCUAAUGGUGGGCAGCAAUGCAGGCAUAGUAGGCAUGACCAAGGAGCACCUGGGCUUGGCACUGGCUCUGAAUGUACCUGUGUUUGUGGUGGUCACUAAAAUUGACAUGUGCCCGGCCAACAUCCUGCAAGAGACCCUGAAGCUUCUGCAGAGACUCCUGAAGUCCCCAGGGUGCAGGAAGAUCCCUGUACUGGUCCAAAAUAAAGACGACGUCAUCGUCACGGCAUCAAACUUCAGUUCUGAGAGAAUGUGUCCAAUUUUCCAGAUCUCCAACGUGAGCGGAGAGAAUAUGGACCUGCUGAAGAUGUUUCUCAACCUGCUGUCCUCCAGAACGUCUUUCAAGGACGACGAGCCUGCAGAGUUUCAGAUUGAUGACACCUACUCAGUACCAGGUGUGGGAACAGUAGUGUCGGGGACUACAUUACGUGGAUUGAUACGGUUGAACGACACCAUGCUCCUCGGUCCUGAUCCUCUGGGAAGUUUCUUGCCCAUCGCGGUCAAGUCCAUCCACCGCAAACGGAUGCCCGUGAAAGAAGUGCGGGGCGGGCAGACGGCAUCUUUUGCACUCAAAAAGAUUAAGCGCUCCUCCAUAAGAAAGGGGAUGGUGAUGGUGUCGCCCAAGCUAAGCCCGCAGGCCUCCUGGGAGUUUGAAGCCGAGAUUCUGGUGUUGCACCACCCGACCACCAUCUCCCCCCGCUACCAGGCAAUGGUGCACUGCGGAAGCAUCCGGCAAACUGCCACGAUCCUGACCAUGAACAAGGACUGCUUACGAACAGGGGACAAGGCCUCCGUUCACUUUCGCUUCAUCAAGACCCCCGAGUACCUGCACACAGACCAGAGGCUGGUGUUCAGAGAGGGAAGAACCAAAGCUGUGGGCACCAUCACCAAGCUACUACAGUCGACCAAUAACCAGCCCUCCAACUCCAAACCUCCACAAAUCAAGAUGCUAUCGACAAAGAAAGUUCCACCUCGUCGAGAGGACGGGUCCGUGCCGGCCAGUGAGGACUCCAUGAACACAGGACUUCCUUCCACAACACAUACAACACAGCAACAGACAGAGGGGGAGGAGGAUCCCCAGAAUAAAGAAGGCAACAAAGAGAACAAGCCAAAGUCCGGAGGUGGCAGACGACGAGGCGGACAGCGGCAUAAAGGAAAAUCCCAAAAUAGCGCCACAGCGCCCCCAACAGGUGCCACAGGGCCUAUAUAAACUCUCCUCCCUCCUUCAAACAUCAUUCCCAUCAUUCCAUGAAGUGUCUUCAUCGCUCAACGCUCGCAGUGCUGGGAGCAGAAAGCUCAUUGACUCUCUGAAUCCCCUUCCCAAUUUAAAACUUUUGGACCCCCCCCCCCCCCCCACCCCCAAAUGUCCUGCUCAACUGUGCCACCGCACUGCUAAUGAUGAUGGGGGGAAGGGUGUCAUUGAGCCAAGACAACUGAGCUGCGACAACGUCUUGUGAAAUUAACUUAUUAUCAGAGGUGUUUGUUGUUCUUUGAUGUGUUUUGGAAUUAUAUCGUCUAAAUUGAGCGCAUAUAAUCUCUAGAUAAACUGCACAAGCGUUCUGUAUUGUUAAAUGUGACGAGUCGAGGAGCCUUUUUAAGUGCAUACAGAUUAUCUAUAUAGUAUACAUAUGAACACAUGGGUCUUUGGCAAUGGUGACGAGCACACCACAUGCAUGCAUGCAUUCAGCUGAAUAUUCAACAGUCAGAUCUGUGUGUUAGCAGACUUCCUCCCUACAUCUUCACAGUUACGGUGCUGUAUCCACCUCACUCUAUCAUCAGGAAAACCUUGCAGUGUACGUAUGGCAGUACAGACUAUAUCUACAGCAGCAGCAGCUACAGCAGUACUACUGCAGUGGGGCAGGUGGGAUGAUGCCCCAUCGGUAUCCAUUGACAGCCAAGCUGUGACAUGUGGACACAAGACUGCACUGAGUUAUCAGUGCCAGAAAUUGCACUCGCCUAUUUGAUGGUUCAAAGACCACUACUGUCAUUGCAAAAUCAGAAGGAAAACAAACCUGAAUAGUUUCUAUCUGACGUACCAUUAGGCUUGACCAGUUCGAUGAGUGAGGGUAUCUGUAACCAUUCUAAGGCAGACUGGUGUAAAUUUGAUUACCUUUCACAAGCAUGCACACACAGCACAGCUCAGCUUUGGAAUCUUUAAAAGCAUUUGAAGAACUUAAAUAGGACUGGUAGGGUUAGAUUGUUUUGCAAUUCACAUGUCAUCAGCAGUCAAGAGGAAUUUCACUUAGUUUUAUUUAUAACUAACACCUGUGGACAAACUGAUGGUAUAUAAAAAUACAUUUAGUCUUAGUGUCAUUUUUUUUCUACUCGUUUUUUUUUUUUUUUUAAGAAAGGGAAUGCGUUAUAGUCAGUAUAUUUUAUUCUGGGUCAUUAAAAAAAGGAAUUGUAUUCCAGUUCAGAAAUACUAUCCAUAAUAAUUUCCCAUGGUGAUCAUCGAUCAUGCCUUGACCUUUGAGGACUCCCCUGGAACAUAAAACGGCGUUCACCGAGAAGACUGCCCCUCUCGGAACACUGCAUUAGACGGGCUGCUAUCUAACGCUCCUUCAAGGUUGGAUAGAAAGUUGUGACUCAUUGCCAUCUGUUCAGCUCUGCUCCCCUGCUGAAAACAUGAAUCAGUUAGGUCGCUGAGCCUCAGGGGCUGAGAUGAACAAGCUUUUCUGUCAAUUUAUUUGCAACGCUGUUUUGGAAACAAUAAACAUGUCUUCCCCGUAAUGCCACACUUUCACCAAGCACCUUACAUCAGAUAGAACCAUCAUUUAUCGCAGUGGUCCUCUGUAGAGACUUGCUGCAGACAGUCACACAAUUACAUGUGAAAUAACAGACCAGGUUUUUCUCUUAGAGAUUUAAAGAAAUAAAUUAUUGGAAAU